GCGACAGUUUGACCUUCAAGUGCUCGCAACCUCCAUCAGUGAACGGUACCUUUGAAGCGUUGCCAUCCUGGUAUUUCGUGCAUUAUUUCUCAGAAUACAUGAUAUAAACCAAUGAUGGCCCAGGAACCUUUACAUAUUGUGCCAGAUAACAUCUUAUUACAUUUGUACACACGAUUUCUUCUUAAUAUUCCCGAUGAGUUGAAAGAAGAUUGUGCGAAGAAUUUCGUAAGAAUUUUUUUUGAAGUUGAGCGGGCUCAUUGGUUUUACGUCGAUUAUUGUAUUGAAGAUCCUUCAGUUGGUGGUGUUGAUAUGUUCGGACUAACUCAACAGUUAUUUGAGAAGUUUCCUUCUAUUGUCCCCCGGGGUAUAAACUGGCAAGAAAAGUUUGUCGAAUGGAAGAAAUACCGUGGGUCCACAGCUACUGGGAGCAUGAUAAUUAUUGACGAACAUUACAAGAUGAUCUUGUUAGUCCAAGGAUUUUAUGGCAAUCGUUGGAGCCUACCUGGUGGCAAAAUUAAUCAAGAUGAAUCUCUUGUUGAUUGUGCUUCUCGUGAAGUAAUGGAAGAAACGGGUUUGGACUUAGCAAAUCGUAUCUUACCGUCCCUCUAUAUUGAUCGUUAUAUUGGUGGUACUUUAAGACGAGCAUUCAUUGUUGAAGGACUUCCCAGGACUUCUCGAUUGAAGCCUGGUACAAAAAACGAGAUUGAAGCUAUAACUUGGUUUGGAAUUGCUGAUUUGCCAACACAUAUCCAAGAUAUUGCUACUAUGGAAAAAUUGAAUUCAAGACCGAACAACUUCUACCUGGUGAUCCCAUUUAUUCGGCAACUGAAACUGUACGUAGAACAACGACUGUCAGGCAAACCACCUGGUUUAGCGUUAUCUGAAUCAGAACGCCUUUGUAGUAAUUCUAUGAAUUAUUCUGUUAAUCUUCAACACAAUGCAAUAAACAGUCUGUCAAAUAUGAAAGUGAAUACAACCAGUACCCCGUCUAAGAAGCAAAAAAAGAAUAAGAAAUCAAACACGUCAAAAAGUCCCAAUCAAUCUUUAUCUGAGGAUGGAAAAACUGGCGAAAAAUCAAGAAAUCGAACGAGUUCUAAUGUCGCUUGUAACUCCGAAUUUAAGAAGUGUGGGAAACACAAUGUAAGUCUACAUCUGUGUUUGAUUAUUAUUAUUUUUUCUGACGUUGAUGAUGAUAAGUAUGAUAAAACUGUUCUCAUCGAUUUAUUAUUGUAAAUCAUACUUUUUACAAUUCUAACGGCGGAAAAUCUUAAACACAAUAUACCUGGCUGAUCAAUUCUUUACAAUCAUGCAAUAUUCUUAAAUCAUAUGCUUCUGCACAGGAAUUAGUUGCUAAUUAUAUCCGACACUCGGUUAUAGUUGACAUCUUAUAGCACGUUAUUGAGGCUAGCAAACGUAAUUUAAAAUUUAUUUCAUAUAACCGCUUAUUGGUCAGGGUCGCACCAGUGACUAGUCGUGAUGAUCGGUUAUAGUAAACAUCUUGUACUUUAUGACAUAAAAUGAAUAAACCGCGAUAGGCGUUAGAUAUUAGAAAAUCAGCUAUUGAAAUGUUUUAGAUUUGUCUCUUGUUAGUUAUCAUCCAUUAACGUUUAUUAGUUUAAAACAAGAGCUAAAUUGUAGGACCAAAGUGAUGAUCAAUUCACGUAUAUAACUUGGUCCUUCAGGUAAUCUAUGUUAUCUGUAAGAAUGAUAAACUUAUAACGUAUUAAAACAAAACACCAUGAUGUAUAGUUGGUUCUCUGAUAGUACAUGAAUUAUUUCGAUAAGUUAGGUGCUUUUUGGCAAUGAAUAUCGUAACGACGAACCGGGAUCUUGUUCAUCUAGUUAGUUACCUUUGAAUAAAUGAUGUUAUAUGCUUUUGCAAGUCUGAUGUAUAAUCACGUGUUUGGAAUUUAUUUGAUGAAACCCUUAUACCAAUGAAUGUUAACCACAACAUAAGUAGUCAGAUACUAAUCAGUCUUAUAUAAUUCAACUCUUUAGUGUUUUUAGGAUGUGCCGCUAGCUAAAUUGAGAAAAUAACGAAAUGUACGAUUUACUUCAUUUAGCACUUGUUACUUUCGUCAGUUAACAUGUUUGUCUCAUCUGCUUCCUUCAAAUCUGUUUUCGGAAUUUCGUCGAUGGCUGGAUUCAAAGUGAAUAAAGAUAUCGGAUAGAUCUGUUAAAAUUUACUUGGGUUUUUGGAAGGAUUUCUUGAGUGUUAUUGAUUUAGUUCAAUGUUUCAUUUUACUUUAAAGGGAUUUUAUUAACGUAACAUAGAAUGCCAAUUUUUCUUUCGUGUCAAUAGUGGACGGGAUGAUUGGGAGCAACUCUAAUAAUAGUAAUAAUAAUGAUGUUGAUACUGGUUUACAAAUGGUGUCGUAUUGGCAAUCUUUUCAGAUUGAUAGAAAUAAGUUAUUAGAAUGUUUAUGUAAUAGUGCAAAGUGAAAAGAUAUUUUAACAAUUCUUUUGAGAUAGAUAAAUGAACACAAAACUACUCAUUUUGUUUUGAGCGCUAAAGUAUUAUUUAUUCCUCUUAAAAGUAACCAAUCAAUAAUAUAUGCUUUUAUAUAUACGUUUGUAUCUGAUGUUUAUAUUCCUGAUUUAACAAAAGUAUAAAUUAUUUUUUAACACAA